AUGGCACAAAAACUCGACUUGGGUCAAUCCGCUCUGCGAAUCCGAGAUUCAAACUUGCAGCUCCAUCUGGCCGCAUCGGCCCAUUUCAACCAACGAUUAAGUCAUGGAGCCCCCCAAAUACCAAUUGACCUCUCGGGAUCGCCAAAUCUUGAAAGUGUAUGGAUAACGGAGGCGCCAGAGCUGGAGUUGCGCUUCUUCAUCGGGGGAAAUUGGGAUCAAAAUGAAAAGGCGGCAUUCGUAUCAAAGUUGAGAGGCAAACUGUGUGAUAUGAAGAUCUGGUCUGAUCUGGGAUUCUCGGUUGAGCUCAAGACGGGUGCACUUGAAAAUUGCAUUGACGCUUCUGCUUUCCACUGCCUCAAACUUGGUCUGUGUAGAGGGUGUCGAGUACAAAAUCUCACAACGGGUUGGACUUUGCCCAGCUCGAUGACCAAUCCCCCAGAUGCGCGUCCUCCCCCGGGUGUACCGGUAGCUACUUUGGCUUCAAUUGACGUUCGGCUGGAGUACCGCUUUGAGGCCAAGGAUAAACUACAAGCCCAGAACUGUUCCAAGUUGGAGGUUGGUCUUCUUGGGCACGCAUCCUGGGAUUUCCCCGGUCAUCAACUGCUAGGGACAAUGGCAGAACUUCCAAUCCUACAACAAGUACACAAUGAGGGCCCCUAUGAAACUCUUGAAUCACAGUCUUCUUGCAUAUCUGGAGGGAGAUCAAACCCAUCACAUGAGGAACUCUUCCGGCUGUUUGACCUUGGAAUUCAAAGACUGCUCAUUUCCAACUUUAUCAAAGAUCCGACGAUUCGUGUCCCACAACAGGCCACAAUCAAGAGCUUCGCAGAUAUAUCUCCCGCGGUGUUCAAUCCUGGAUAUCGGGAUGCGAUCAACCAGCGAGCAUUGACAAUUCCAAUAAUCACGAAAGCCAUAUCAUCUAUGCUGGCGGGAAACAAAGAUCCAUCCACCAAUGCUAAAUUAGCAGAUUUGUUAGGGCUCACUCACUCUCAAGGCACGGAUGGCUUCACGACACAACCUCAAGUUUCAGGUUGCAGGGCUGCGAUCCUCUCAUCGCUUUGGCGUAUCGCCCAGAAAAAUAUGCCCAAGAUAAAGACAAUUAAAAGACGAGCUUCGAUGCUCCCUACAGAGCAUGUAUCAAACAGACAGGCUGGAUCAAACGAUUCCGUGCGUCACAUGUCUACGAAUCAAGUACAAUUCGAGAACGGAAAUCCCGGGCUGCCUCAGUCUUUUGAAACACAGGAUCAUGACCAGAAUGAAGAAAGUGACAUGUGUUUGUUGAAUAGCGAAUCAGAUGAUCAGCUUUUGGACAAUUUCAGUGAGACAAGCUUCACAGACAUUGGGGAAUCGACUCAAACAUCCCUUAAUACAUUAUUAUCAACUAUUGGGUCUUCUCAGACUUCGUAUGGUGAUCAUGAUACUAUGCUUCUCUUGGAUCAUGGUCAAUUGGCAGAUUACCCGGGAAACUAUGGGACAGAUUAUGAUCCUGGAGAAGAUAUGGACAAUACAGAUAUUAUAAUGGCUGAUGAUCUUUAG